AUCUUCGAGUUGUGCUGUGCGAGAGUCACGUAUAGUGUUUAAGUAAUUUAUUAAAACAUUUUUAUAUUAUAAUACAAAAUGAGGGAAAUCGUACACAUCCAGGCCGGCCAGUGCGGUAACCAGAUCGGAGCAAAAUUCUGGGAGAUCAUCUCUGAUGAGCACGGCAUCGACCCCACCGGAGCCUACCAUGGCGACUCUGACCUCCAGUUGGAGCGCAUCAACGUUUACUACAAUGAGGCCUCCGGUGGCAAGUACGUGCCCCGCGCCAUCCUCGUCGACUUGGAACCCGGUACCAUGGACUCUGUCCGCUCGGGACCCUUCGGACAGAUCUUCCGCCCCGACAACUUCGUGUUCGGCCAGUCCGGCGCCGGCAACAACUGGGCCAAGGGACACUACACUGAAGGCGCUGAACUCGUCGACUCAGUUCUUGACGUAGUUCGCAAAGAAUCCGAAUCCUGCGAUUGUCUACAGGGCUUCCAACUCACACACUCCCUCGGUGGCGGUACCGGCUCCGGUAUGGGAACUCUUCUCAUUUCCAAAAUUCGUGAAGAGUACCCCGACAGAAUCAUGAACACAUACUCAGUCGUCCCCUCGCCCAAAGUAUCAGAUACCGUCGUCGAACCCUACAACGCGACUCUCUCAGUGCACCAGCUCGUAGAAAACACAGACGAAACCUACUGUAUCGACAACGAGGCUCUAUACGACAUCUGCUUCCGCACACUCAAACUGUCCACACCCACCUACGGAGAUCUCAACCACUUAGUAUCCCUCACAAUGUCCGGUGUCACGACUUGCCUCAGGUUCCCCGGUCAGCUCAAUGCGGAUCUUCGUAAACUGGCUGUCAACAUGGUUCCCUUCCCACGUCUCCACUUCUUUAUGCCCGGAUUCGCUCCUCUCACCUCCCGUGGCAGCAGACAAUACCGCGCGCUCACAGUGCCCGAGCUCACGCAACAAAUGUUCGACGCUAAGAACAUGAUGGCGGCGUGCGACCCGCGCCACGGCCGCUACCUCACCGUGGCUGCCAUCUUCCGAGGUCGCAUGUCCAUGAAGGAGGUCGACGAGCAGAUGCUCAACAUCCAGAACAAGAACUCGUCGUACUUCGUUGAAUGGAUCCCCAACAACGUAAAGACCGCCGUGUGCGAUAUCCCGCCCCGUGGACUCAAGAUGGCCGCCACCUUCAUCGGCAACUCCACCGCCAUCCAGGAGCUGUUCAAGCGCAUAUCCGAGCAGUUCACGGCUAUGUUCAGGCGCAAGGCUUUCUUGCACUGGUACACCGGGGAAGGAAUGGACGAGAUGGAAUUCACCGAGGCCGAGAGCAACAUGAACGAUCUGGUCUCCGAAUACCAGCAGUACCAGGAGGCGACCGCCGACGAGGACGCGGAAUUCGACGAGGAGCAGGAGCAGGAGGUUGAGGACCACUAGACGUCGUCACGUCGUCGUGUCGUCGUGUCGUCGUCGUGUCGUGACACAGUAAUUGCCAUUAUCGUUACUCGAUGUAACAUUAAUGAUUCCUAUAUUGCGUAAUGAAGACAUGCUUGCUAACUCUUAACAGAACGCACGACUUAACAAUUCCCGGUUACGACUAGUUAAUGUGAGAGCAUUUACAAUACAUUCCUUGACGCGAACGAGCCUCGUCGAGAGCAUAUCUGUAACUUCUCAAAGGCUGAUAGAUACAUAAUGUCCUAUGUAUGAAGUGUUUGGACUUCGCCAUACCAAAUUUUGAUUAUGUCGGCUUCAAUAACAGAAGUUUUUUUUACGAUUAAAAUUGUUUUCAACAAUAAUUUAAUGUAUAUAAUAAAGAUUUUUAUUUAUUAAA